AUGGACCAGAGUAAAUUCCGGCUACGGUUAGGAGCGCUGGACGGAGGUGGACUCAGUCCAAGGCUGCUCUCCGUGAUCAAGGACGCAGUAGCUGUAGAUCCGGCACAGUUCGUCUACAUACCUCCAGAACAGGCUAUCACCAAUCAGCUGAACGAGGUUCACGCGAGACGCGUCUUGCACGGCGUCGGUCUGUGCACACGCGUCUUCGACCUCGUGGGGGUAGCGGAGGGCAAGGCCAUCCUCACCAAGAUCAAGUCCUCGGAUGAGGACGGUGUCCGACGUCCUCACUGUCGCAUCUUUGACGACAUCUACGUUCCCCUUGUCUGCCUUCCGGAACCUUGCCCCUUAGCGAGCACAUUUCUGGCUGCCGGGAUCGGAAACAACCUCGUCUCACGAGCCCUCGGCUCACCCCUGGCGGACCGGAUAUACAUUGACGCCGGCUAUGUCCUCCGGGUGCGCGUCGAGGCAGACGGGUUCCAUGACGAUGAGCUUGGUCCGUCGAAGACGCGUGAGGGCGUUCAACAAGCUCGUGAGAUGCGCCGUUCCCUGUAUGCCAUUGCCUGCCCGAUUUCAGAAUGGCGACUUGGCCAGUGGAGGAACGCUGGCGUCGAAACAACGGACGAUGGCUGA